GCCGUAUGUUCGUGUGAUUGUCAGGUUAAUAUUCAAAGACUAAACGGUGGUGGCUUUUCAUCACACUCGGCAUAGCAGCUUUUGUGGAAAUAUAAUAACUUAUAAUUAUCACACCAAAAGGAAAGACAGACUUGAUAAAUGGAACAGUUUAAAAUACUGUUAUGCAAUGUUAAUACACUGCUUAAGAAUACCUAGACAUGAUCAGGGGAGGAGAAAAAAAAGUGUGAAAUAUGAACACUACUGAUUCAGCAGAUGAUGGGAGUUUUCAGGACUUUGAGUCUGCUAUUAUGGAAAUACAGGGCAGACUGCAGUUUAAGCUUAUUACGAGAAUAUACUUUGGAUGUGAUUCAGAACAAUCGGAGGAUCCCACCCCAGCACACAGUGAUGACUGGAGCUUGGUGGAUAAGAAUGGCCACCACCACCGCCUCCCCAAAACCAUGCUGUUCAUGGGUCGUGAGGAGUGUGAUAUUGUUGUCAAGACACGAAGUGUAGACAAAAGGCAUGCAGUGAUCACCUUUGACCAUUAUCUGGACAAGUUUAAGAUCAAAGAUCUCAGUACCAGCCAUGGGACGUACGUGAAUGACAAGAAGAUCCAAGAUCAGGAAUACGUGACACUGAAUCACAUGGACACUGUUCAGCUUGGCAAUGAUUCCACAAUGUACCACAUAGAGAGGGUAUCAGACUCAGGGGUGUCAUCAGGGGACCUUCAAGUGGAGAAAGCUCCCCACUCAAUGCCCCACUGGGCCUCCCGAGAACUUCCACACAUGAUGGAAUGCCAGCCACCCUAUGGAGGAUUUGUUUUUACUUAUCCAAUCAUGACCUGUUUGGGUUGUAUAGCAGAGCAAAGAAUUGCACACACAUGUGGAAAUCAUACGUUAGACAAUGUCAUCAGUCAAAGAGAGCAGAUGGCUGCAGACAUGCAGCACGCGCAUCACGUGCCACAUAGAGCUCAUGUGCAUACCAUGCACCAGGAAUGUCCGAAGCAUGUGAAUAAACAUUCAAGUGAAUAUCCACCAUCCUUUCCUCAAGGAAGUGAUUAUCCUAGUGAAUAUCCGCCUUCCGUUCCUAGAGGAGGUGAAUAUUCUCCACAGAGUGAAUAUCCUAGAGGAGGUCACUAUCCAGGGACAACUGAAUAUCCACCUUCUGGUAGUGAAUAUCAUAGAGGAGGUGUUUAUCCUGAAUAUCCAGCAGGUAGUGAAUUUGUGAGACUCGGUGAAUACCAGGAUAGUGGACAGGAUACACAGAGCAGAAAAGGAAUGAUGAACGCCCAGCACGAGGAACAAAGUAAGAUCACUCAGUCUGGUUUGGGUUCGAACACUUGGCCUCGUAAACGGAUCCGCAACACUAUCAAUAUCUCCACAUUUUUCCACGAGGAUAUUAGUGGUUCUAGAAUGAGUAUUGAUGACAAUAACUAUGCAUGCAGUAGAGUACUGAGGGGAGAGGGAGGUCACCCUGAUAAUCUCCCCCCAGAAUUAGAAACAGUCAAGAAGGGCACGCCCCUGUACGGACAACCGGAUUGGUGGGGAGAGGAAGAGGUCAACGGCAAUGUCAAAGAAGAGACUGCAAAGCCGCCCAGUGACUUGCCACUGAACCAGACAUCUUCCCCUGAUAACAAGACCACCCCCUCAGCAGACCCCCAUAGUAUGUCUUCUAACUCCUCUGUCUCCAAAGACAGUCUUUUGAACACAUCUUCUCCAGAGAAAUCUACAUCCGAGGGGGCCCAGCCCCCACCUACAAAGAUGCCAGAAGGGGGUGCUUGCACAGCAUUCACAGUUGACUUUGGGGAGGAUGAAUCCCCCAAGAGGACCAUGUCAGGGAAAUCCCUCAGUGAGUUCAUGCCGUCCAAGAUCCGGAAAAGCUUCAGGGACAGAAAAGACAAGGCACUUGGUACCAAGGCCACUAAAGAAUCCACCUCCAAAGCCUCGUCACCUGGCAGUGAAAAGGAUGCUGAUUUAAUGUCACCUGGACAGCAGAAAAAGAUUGAGGACAUUUGGAUUUCUCCACAAAGAAAGACAAGGGAGUUAAAGAGAUCAGCCAAAUCCACAGAGCAGGAACCCAAGCAAGAGAGCACUCCCAAAAAGCCUGCGCAGAAAACAGGCUUGCACAGAAGAAGUUUGUCCACAGGCAGGCCUGUGCCAGCCAAACUGUCCAGACCAAAGGAGAAUGGUGAGGCUCCCACAACAAAGUCACCCAAACAACCAAAGGGAAAGGAAUCAGACACAGCAGAUAGCGCCUCAUUUUUGAUAGAUAAAAUGUUUGCCGGUGAUGCCAAGUCCCCAGCGAAGGGCAGGCGUACUCCAAAGUCCUUAAAAACUGACAGAUCCUCAGACCGCUUCAGUGAGCAUUCCAUGUACUCAGAGUCAAAAUCUUUUGAUUCUUCUGUGGCCAAAUCUCAGAGUGCUAAAGUGGGUCGGAAACCAGUCAUCAUGAGAAAAGAUUCCAACAAAGCCAUUCCUGUGUCCAAAAAGUCUCAGGAGAAAAAAACAGAAGUAUUACCGGUGGCAAAGGGUGCUCCUCCGGACAAUUCAGACAAUGUGAGUGAAACAGGGACUUACACAAUAGAGGGGGAUAAGCCAUCAGAGGAGGAAGACUCAGCGCGUCAGAAAAUAGACACUGUGUUUGGAAUUAACAAUACUCAACCGAAUGUCUCACAAUCCAUGGAAUUUAGUGAAAUCUCCACAGACAGAAAACCUUCAUCGGAGGACUUGAUUCUAGAGAACUUGGAAGAUGAAGAGGACCUGAGGGUCCUGGAGAAGAAGAGGAGUCGAGGUCCUGAGGCCAGCAGUGUAGAGGUGGAGGUUGGAAGUUCUGUUGUCACUGACCUACAGAUCACAGAAGAUCAGGAGAACCCCAGCGAUGCAGUGCCCAGCAGCGCGCCCACUUGGGUGACCCAAUGGGCAGCCUUGACCAGUAAAAGUAAGACAUCAGAACCAAGCAGUCCCAGUAGCAGUGUCUCUGAUAAAGAUACCAUGAUGACUCCAGACUCAAAAAAGCCCUCGAAAGGGUUGAGUAGGAAGCGACCAGGCACUGGCAGAAGAUUACCCACAAUUCCUGGUAAAAGUCCAGAUGGGAGUAACUGUAGUUCCCGAUUAAGUCAGAGCACAGACAGUCAGAGUCCCAGGUGUCCCUCUACACCCCGAUAUGGAGAAAACAACAACAUCGCGGACAAACAGAAGGCUGUCACAAUAUCUAGUCAUGUGGUUAAACGUUCUGAGGACACGGACACAGAAUCAAUAUCAAGAACAAAAUUUGACAGUGAAUCGGAGGUGACAUCUGUGACACAAACUGAUGAGUUUUCAACUCCAAAAACCACUUCACGAAGUGCUGCAAGUGUUGAUACUGAAGUUCUGUUGAAAGAUACACAAACUGUCAUGGCAGCCAUGGAGGCUCGCAUGGAUUCAAAGUCAGGUGGCUUACAAAAUGGACAUGUUCAGGAUGACGGUGAUAAUUUAUCUGACACAGAAAGCACAGCAGCACUUGUAAAUGGACAUGAGGGAUUUUUAAAAUCUAAUUUAUAUACUAGUCCUCGGGAAUCUCUGGCAAAGUCCAGAGGUUUUCAGCAACAUAAACCUGUGUCUCGAAAUAGCUCUGCCAGUGAGAGACUUCAAGCAUUCCGAGAAAGGAACUACAAAAACAUUACACCUCCUGAAAACUCAGUAGUGUCAGAUGUUUUAAGUGAAAAUUGUGAUCUCAACCAGUCAUUAGACAGAACCAGUGAGUGCAGUGAUACAGGUGUUAGUUUUAAUCGAUCAGGGUCAAAGGGCAAGGGUACAAUAAGUAUGACACGACCCAACAGGGCUUUUCAGUUAAGGAGAGCAAGAGCAGAUGGAGAAGUCCCAGACACUCCAAGUUCAGGUGUCUCAGAGGCUGUGUCACUUACUAAUGUGUCUUCUGCAAGUUCUUCACGUUCUGUAAAAAGUUCCACUCCCACUCGAUCCAUGAAGGCUGCCAACAGACUCAGUUACCCCUAUACUAAACAAGACUCUGCAAGGAGCAAAGAGAGUUUAGGGGCAGCUAUUGUACAGAGGAGCAGAGAGGGUCCUCAGUCCUCCUCGAGGAGUAAUGCCAGUCUUGGUGCUAAAAUUGCUCAAAAAGCAUCUAGCAAUCAAUCUUCAGGAAACUUGUCUAAUGCUUUUACCAGAAGUGAUGGUGGGCGUUAUAGUCUUAAGUUGAACAGAUCUUUGAGUUCACAAGACUCCAUAAACUUUGACGGUAGCAAUACUCCUUCACGCAAACCUGAUUUUAAGUCUGUAAAAUCAAAGUUAAAAACCACCCCUACCUAUGGUCUUUCGGUUACUGGUAUUAAUAGUAACAGAAGUAGUGUUACAUCUGCCUCAAGUCGAUCCAAUUCUCCCCGAUCUGCCGAGAAGGCAGCUUGGAAGAGGAGGAAGGAGUAUGACCCUAGAAAAGCAGUGGCAGAGGCCAAGGCUAAAGCUAAGGAUGUCAAGGUCAAGAUGGAUAAUCAGGGUAAACCCAAAAUGAUCAGAUCAGCAUCCUUCACCAACACAGCAGAGCUGCAGAAGUACAGAAGGCAAGCUCUCCAGAAGAAGGACUCUGUGUCGAGUCCAGAUGAGUUGAGUUGUGCCAGUGAAGGAACAGGUUCAGUGGCAGACAGUGUGUAUCAAAGAAGCUUCAUCCCUUACUCAGGAAGAUCACAGUCCAGUCGAGUCCUAAGUUCAGAGGAGGAUGAUAGUAGCAUGAUUGUCAAGUCAACUCAGGACCUAAGCAGCGGACGCUAUAAAUCGGCAUUCACCCCGCCGCCCCAGAACUCUGCCCCCUCUCCCCCUUUAAUGCCCUUGUCUGUAUUUAAAAAGCGAAACUCCUUUGAGAGUUACGAGACUCGUCAUGGGGUCACCAGACACAAAGCUCAACACGAGCCUCCAGUGCAGCAGUCUUAUGACAACAUCUUGGUGUCAUCCAUUUAUCAGCUGUCACUCAAACUCAAGACCAACACAGAAAAAACACUGAUGCAGCUCAAGUUGGAUCAGAGAAUUGAGGAUAUGUCAUCUCCCUCUCCCAUUGAUGACAUUCUGAACCAAUCAUCAUCUAACAGUGAUAUUCCUGGCUGGAAGACGGCCAAUCAGGAGCUAGCAGCCAUCCUCACCAAUCUGAGGAAAACAGAACAUAGAAUCCACAUGAUGCACAAGGCCCUGUAUCCGGAUGAUGACAGCUGCUCCGACUCACCUGGAUUAUCCGGACGAGAAAAGCGGGAAUAUCUCCAGGAAAUAGAGAGGAUCCGCAGUGAAUUAGCUGGAUUCCAACCAAUUGCAAAGCCCCAAGUCAUUAAGGACGAUCAAGCCUCCAUAGAAUCUGACUGUGAAGAAUUGGGAACUGCUGACGAGUUCUUUUGAAGACCUUUAUGCUGUUUAUAUGUCAAUUUUCAAUUAAUAGAUACUUCCAUUUCAAAUUUUUGUCCAACCAAUUUUAUUCUAGUCUCAAAUAUUUCUUUUUGACAUUGCCUGACAUAUUUUAAUAUUGAAUGGUUCCAAGUUUCAUUGGUUCUGAUAUAAAUGGCACACACUCUCAGUGAUCAGAAAUUAUUGUUGAGGAAAUCAUUGAAGUAUCAGUACUUAACAUAUAUAAAUAUGUAACUUUCAAUUAAGUUGUGGCAUUGUUACCGAGAGAAGAAAAAAAGAGGGACAAGUAUCUUUCAUCGGAAUAAUCUGAGCUCAUUUAGAGUAAAUUUGAAUGUAAAAUGUUAUUCAAGUUUGUUGUGACCUUGAUUAGAUUUUAUACACAAAUCACACCUUCGUGAGGAGAAUGUUACCUAAUAAACCAGUUUUCUGACUCUGUGAUACAUACAGUAGUGCUUUUCGCUGGCUGUGAUCAUGCAUUAGUGGCAUUAGAUAUUGAAGUAGAUAUUAACUUUUACAUUCAAUGUUUUUUUUUAACAAUUCAACAAUGAAAUGAACCUUAUAAGCUUGCUCUGAUCUUUGAAGCUCUUAAUGAAAACUCAGUAAAUAACUUUUUUUGUUAAUGGUCAAAUUAUAAAUCUUGUGAUUUGAUUUAAAGAUGGCAAAGUCAUUUUACUUGAGAAAACAUACUCAUAAAUGUUGCUGAAAUUCUAUGUGUAUUUAUCACUUCUCAUUUGCUUUGUUUUUUCAUAAGUGUGCUGUUAUAUUUUAAUAUUCAUGAUAUUUAUGGUACAUUUGCUAAGAUCUGUCAGUCUCAUCAUAAUCCACACAAACAACAUACUGUGAGCUCUCUACAAAUAAUCAUUAAGUAAUACGUUGAGGACUUUAUAUCUAUGUAUGAGCAAUUUAAAAUUAAAAGAAGACUGCUCAGAGUAUUUUAGAAAAUUACCAACUGUUCAAAUUGAUAAUAUGAAUUUUAACCUCAAUUCCGUUGAGGACUUUAUAUCUAUGUAUGAGCAAUUUAAAAUUAAAAGAAGACUGCUCAGAGUAUUUUAGAAAAUUACCAACUGUUCAAAUUGAUAAUAUGAAUUUUAACCUCAAUUCCAUGUCAUUUUUUUUUUUUUGGUUUUGUUUUUAUGUAUACAAGGAAGAAUUUUAAAGUCACGGUUGUAUUGUACCUUUUUUUGCUUUUUGUUAGUGACUGAGUCACAAUUGCUGACUGGUUGUUUGGUUGUUCUGGAGUUUCAUUCUCCAACAAGUUUUGUAAACCUAAACAGUUAACAUACUUAAUAUGUUGAUUAGAUUAGAAGUUGUGAUACAAUAUUGUAUUCAUUCUCUCACACUGCUUUGAAUUGUUGAAAAUAUUUAAGACUUAUUGAAUGCAUUCCAUUGAGGUAAUGGAUGUUGGUGUGCCUGUACAUUUCUGUUGUUUGUCGUUUAGUUAUGCUUCAAGCAUAUUGUGGUUGUUGGCCAGACUGAAUUACUGAAAUAUACAGUCUGAAUGCAAUAUUUUGUAUUGAUUCCCUUUUAUUUACAAAUGCCUUAGUUGCCAUGAACAAAUUGUUUUAUAUUAGAUAAUUUAAUAAAUUUAUGCAUUAAUGUGAAA